CCCUCACAGCUGCGUUACUUUGCUCCAUUUUAAGCCUGAAUGUGCCUCCGGUGUUGGGUAACCAGAUGUUCGAGCUGUACCAGCUGCAGACGGCGCUGCUGAGGCGGCGGAGGAUGCGGGAGAUGAUGGAGAGAGACCGGCGUCGGCGGCAGUAUCUGCGGAGGAGGAGAGCCUUCGUGCUGUCCUCCAUCGCUGGCAUCCUGAGUGUCAUCACCACCACGAAUAGACCCAUCUGGGUGCGCAACCGGAGCGCAGGGGAGAACUUCUGGUCCGCCGCGGAGCUGUUUAAUGACGAGGAGUGGAAAGCGCAGUUUCGUGUGUCCAGAGCGACAUUUGAUUACCUGGUUGAAUUGAUCGGCUCCACUAUUAAACGCAGGCGGACGAACUACAGAGCUCCCAUCGAGCCACGCCGGAGACUAGCCAUCGCCCUGUGGUGGUACUCCCGCGCAGAGGAGUACCGAUCCAUCUCCAACAUGUUCGGUGUGGGGAUAGCGACUGUGUGUAUUAUUGUGCGUCAGGUCACUUCAGCCAUAGUGGACAGGCUCUAUAACCGGUUUGUGUCUCUUCCGAGUGGACAGAGGUUGGAGGACACUAUGAGAGCCUUUCAGCAGCGUUGCUACCCGCGGUGUGCAGGGGCAAUAGGUGGCACUCACAUCCCCGUCGCUCCUCCUAGAGAAAACCCGGACCAUUAUAUUAACAAGAGAGGCUGGCACUCUGUCGUCCUGCAGGCUGUGGUCGAUCAUAAGUUCUGAUAUCUAUGAUACAAGUAAAAAUCAGAUCCCUCACAAUCCACAGAGUGCUGUAAACUCCAAUAAACAACCAGUCCAAAUGAAAAGAACCAAUCACAGGCAGAUGGAGUGAUUAAUCAAUGUCAAUCAGCUCCCUGUAGCUCAAGACCAUCACCACAACUCCAGGAGAAACUUUCAGUAGACAACAACAGGCAAACAACCACCAGUGAUGAAGAAACUGCUCAUUCCUCUGUUGCCUACAAAUAUGUUUACUACCAAAAAGGGUAAACAGAAGAAGACUGAA